CAAACCACGCUUGACUCACAAAACCACAGCCCACGGGCUUAUAAGACCAGACGUUCAGCCCGCGUGACGAGGCAACGCACCUUUCACGCUGCGUUUCACGACUGGACAUGAUUCAUGUUUCAAGAACAUUGGAGUAUUCCCACUGUGGAAAUAUGAAUUCUUCCUCAGUGUGCACAUCCUCUGGUCACGAUCCGGACUCUCUGGCAGGAGGCAGAAUCCAACACAUGUCUCUUUCCCAGUGUAGCCUGCAGGACCCAAAGAACUAUGGAGCGAAGACAGAGGACGUCCUUCUAAGACCUCGCUCCAGGAGCUUUUACAGUUAUGACACAUCAACGCUUGAUUCUGACUGUGAUGUGGGAAACGAAUCCAAUCCCGGGAGGCAGAGAUCAAACUCCCUACAUCACGAGCUCCAUGGUUCAGUCAUCUCAGAGAAGUCAAAGUCCAAACCCAACAAGCUCUCUACCUCCAGAGAACCAAAAGGCACUAAAGCUAACGUCAAGCCAGUGGCCAUGCUGACUAUUUCUGAGUUGGACAACUGGGAGAUAAGUUCCGGCUCUGGCCUGAAGUACGGACAGUUCGUGGACUGGGAGAGAAUUCAUCCUGAGGCUGCGCAACGAUACCGGCAGAUUCUGAAGAGCGGGCACCGCGAGUUAAAAAGGAUGGCUCGAGACGGAUUCUGGACCGCUCCACACACGCUGAGGGCCAAAGCGUACCAUCACAUUAUCCACAGCUUUAAUUACAGUACAUCUGUCACCCCAGAUAGAGAUGUUUACCAUGAACUUGCCAACAAGCUCUUUGGGGAACACAAAACCAGCAGCCACCCGGUACCAGAGUACAUGGAGGCAGAAGAAAUCCCCAGAUACUGCCUCAACAAGGCCGGUCGGAACUCUGCCAAAAAGGUCCUUCUUUGCUUGGGCAAAAGCUUCCCAGACAUCAACCACUGCCCCGUCCUGCCCGCCUUGGUCGCCCUCGUUCUUCAUUUCAGCCAAGAUGAGGCCGACUGCUUCCACAGCGUGUCCAAACUCAUCUGCUACGAUGACCCCGACCUGCGCUACGUGGACCGGACGUUCCUCACCUACCACGCUUCCUGCAUGACCUUCGGUGACCUGGCGAACAGGUGCUGCCGAGGCAUCCGUAAGUUGAUUGCCAGCUCUCACCAAAGCCUCUUUGAGUUUUACUCGGAUUGGAUAAUGUGGACCUUUGCUGAUCUUCCGUUCACAUACGCCAUCAGAGUGCUGGACGUUUACCUUCUGGAGGGUUACAAAAUCCUCUACAGGGUGGCUCUGGCUUUGCUAAGCUUGUACAAAGCAUCUGUGUCAUCCCGAGUGGCGGAUGUAGAGAACUUCCGAACUGACAUGAAAGGCUUCGUGCAGAAUAUUGAGCGACACUGCACAACAGAGCAGCUUCUGGAAAGGGCCUUCGUAAUUCCAGUUGCUACGAGGAGAGACCUCGACCUUUUGUUUAAUGCCAAUAUAGAAUCCCUCAUGCAAAAAGGCAUCAGCAGCAACCAGAAGAGGCAAUCUGUAGAGACAGUCGACUUCAGUGGCUUCAGCUCCAGUGUUGUGACAGGGUCUGAGAUGAGCGUCGUCUGGGCCUGGAUCCCAGAGCGCUUUGCCCUGUUUAGUCCCAUAAGACUGUUUAGCACAGCUGAGCAUGGGAGAAGCCUUGUCUCAUUUUAUUCACAUGUGGAGGGACACCAUCCAGCCAUCUUGAUCAUCAAAACUGAGGACGAGGAGGUUUUCGGUGCUUUUCUGUCAACAGACCUAACAGAAAGACACCAGCAUGAUUCUGAGCAAACCAGAUACUUUGGAACUGGGGAAUGCUUUGUUUUCACUCUUCGUCCAUGCAUGGAGCGCUAUCAGCAGCCUAUGGUCAGCAUCAUGACCAGAGGAGCUUUCCCUCGGCAGGACCCUCGCUAUCUGAUGAUCUCCGGCACUGGGCCAACACAGUAUCAAAGGACUGCUAAAAUUUCAAAGAGGCCCAAGGAACAAGAAGCCUCCAUGUUCCUAGCAGCCAGUGAUAGUCAGUUCAUUAUAGGAGGCGACGGGGGCCACGCGCUCUGUCUACAAGAAGAUCUUACAGCAGGAUACUCAGAGGCUUGUGACACCUUCAAGAGCAUUCCAUUCUGCAAGGGACAAUUCAGAAUCCAAUCCUUGGAAGUGUGGGGCAUCCAGCACUCGAUCUCCCUUUCUCACUGUUUUCCCUCUCAGUAAAAUAAUGUCAGUAUAGUUCAACUUUACAAUAUUUAUCAAUUCUGAUGCCAGAUGUAUUUAAGCUGUUGUGUUAUGAAUUAACUGAAUGACAUUUUAAGUGGCUUAUCCAAACACUUUUAAGGUUUUUGUUAUUGAAAGUUAAUGUAUGGCAAGUGUAGAGUGCGUGUUUUAAACUGUUCUAAAAUAAAGGAGUACGUGGUGCACA